UGAAGCCAAAGGUCUCGGGGGCAGGGGCGGGGCGGUGGUGGGAAGGUCCCCUGGCUUCCCUCACCUUUAGCAGAUGAAAGGGGUGCAGUUCCAGGCGGGGCAGAGUUGGGGCACAGCUGUGAUUUCAGUGCACCUCUGGUGGCUGCUGUGAUUUGAGAACAUCUGACUCAGUAGGCGGCAGAUUCUGGGAGGCUGUGAAUGAACCACGCUGGGUGUGGUCCUGCCCGGAGGCUACAGGGCUGGGGGUACGUGGCCGGGGGGGCCCUGCUUGUAGCCCUCUGGCUCCUGUGGCUGCUGGAGUUGGCCCCUGGGGGUGCCCCAGCACCCCAGCCCACAAUCACCAUACUUGUCUGGCAUUGGCCCUUCACUGACCAGCCCCCAGAGCUGCCCAGCAACACCUGUGCUCACUAUGGCAUAGCCCACUGCCACCUGAGUGCCAACCGGAGCCUGCUAGCCAGUGCCAAUGCCGUGGUAUUCCACCACCGUGAGCUGGAGACUCAGCGGUCCCACCUGCCCCUGGCACAGAGGCCACAUGGGCAGCCGUGGGUGUGGGCCUCCAUGGAGUCACCCAGCCACACUCACGGCCUUGGCCGCCUCCGUGGUGUCUUCAACUGGGUGCUGAGCUACCGGCGCGACUCAGACAUCUUCGUGCCCUAUGGACGCCUGGAGGCUCGCUCAGGGCCCUUACCACCACCACUACCCACCAAGAGCCGAUUGGCUGCCUGGGUGAUUAGCAAUUUCCAGGAGCGGCAGCGGCGAGCACGUCUGUACCGGCAACUGGCGCCUCACCUGCAGGUGGACGUGUUUGGCCGCGCCAGUAGGCGGCCACUGUGUGCUCACUGCCUGCUGCCCACUGUGGCCCGGUACCGCUUCUACCUGUCCUUUGAGAACUCUCAGCACCGCGACUACAUCACUGAGAAGUUCUGGCGCAAUGCACUGGUGGCUGGUGCUGUGCCGGUGGUGCUGGGACCCCCUCGGGCUACCUAUGAGGCCUUUGUGCCUCCCGACUCCUUUGUGCAUGUAGAUGACUUCGGUUCACCCCGUGAGCUGGCCACUUUCCUCACUGGCAUGAAUGACAGCCACUAUCGACGCUUCUUCCUCUGGCGUGACAGGUUCCAGGUGCGGCUACUAGAUGACUGGCGGGAGCGCUUCUGUGCUAUCUGCGCCCACUACCCCCACCUGCCCCACGGCCAGGUUUAUGAAGACCUGGAGGGCUGGUUCCAGGCCUGAGCUCCCACUGGCCAGGGGAGGUGGGUGUGGGAGGAAGGGCUGAGUGUUGAAAUCAAACCACCGGGCAUCCGGCCCCCCAGCAACACCCAUCAGGCUAACGGGGAGGCUGGGGUCAGAGGCCAGGAAGUGGGGGUGGGGGAGGAGUAGGCUGAACUGGGGAGGCUACCUGGUGGAGGCUGGUGGGCCUUGAUGGAGGCAUCUGGGUGCAUCAAAGAGGACAGGCUGCGGAGGGACCUCCUCACCUUGGACAAGUCUUCGGUGAGUCCAGGAGCCACAGGCUGCAGUCUGUGGGGCCCAAAUAUGAGCCCCCUGAGCCUUCUCUGUUACUGAGGUGGGCUGGCCCCUGCUUCUGCAGGUCAGAGCCCCUGUGCAGACCUGCACUGGGGUGGGGAGACCAUGAUGAGGAAACUAGCCGGGCAGGAGGUGGAACAAUAAAGAGCCUCAUGGGUCAUGGCAACAGUGCCCCUGUUGGUCCUCCUGUGUCUCUAACCUUGCCCCUGCCUGCCAAACCCGUGUCUUCCUGUCUCCCCCUGCCCUCCUGUUGUGGGCUGCAUAGUCACUGAGUGAGUCC